AUGAGGGAGCCUCAGAACUUUAUGACGGCCUUCGAACACGUUGUCCAUAUUGGAAAUGUAAGAAGGAGUGACAGAAAAGUUAUUAUCCUGCCUUUUAACGAGGAAUACAAUGAAUACAGUGACGAAAAUCUACCGUCUUUGAUAUUUUCUAUGAAAGGAAGCGAAUAUCUUGCAAACAUGUUAAUGGUUGUGAACCAUAAAAGUAAUGGCUCGGAUUGCAAGGAAUUCGAUUUGAUAACUCAUCAGUUCGUUGGUCCUGAUGUGGAAAGCAAUCUCCCUAAAUAUUUGGAUCGUUGGAAUUCCUGUUCACAGCAGUUUGAAAAUGAUGCAAACUUGUUCCCUCAUGAUAUGACUAAUUUAUUUGGGAAGACUUUGAGAGUUGCGUGCUUUACAUACAAGCCUUAUGCACUGCUAGACAUAGAUACAGCUAUUGAACCUUUGGGUAGAGAUGGUGUGGAAAUAAGAAUCGUAGACGAAUUUUGCAGGUGGGUAAAUUGCACAGUAGAAGUAGUCAGAGAAGAUGUGGAUCAGUGGGGAGAGAUUUAUAAAAAUGAAUCCGGUGGCAUUGGAGUUAUUGGAAGUGUUGUAGAAGAUCGUGCGGAUUUAGGAAUUACUGCACUGUAUUCUUGGUAUGAAGAAUACCGCGUGAUGGAUUUUUCGGUAGCAGGAGUAAGGACUGCUAUUACCUGUAUAGCUCCAGCUCCUAGACUAUUAUCCAGUUGGGAAAUGCCUUUAAUGCCUUUUACGUGGUACAUGUGGCUUGCUGUAGUUUUCACUUAUUUCUAUGCGUCAACUGGAAUUUUAACAGCGCAGGGUUGUAAUUCAUCGUCGUAUCCAUUUUUAAAUACUUUUGGUAUGAUGAUUGGGCAAUCUCAAUACGAAGGUAAACCUUCCUGGAAGAUAAGAAGUGUCACUGGUUGGUUGUUGAUAGCGGGGCUGAUUUUGAGCAGUGCGUAUGGAGCUGGUCUGGCGUCCACGUUCACAGUUCCUAGAUAUGAGCCAUCGAUUGACACGGUACAAGAUAUCGUUGAUAGGAAAAUGGAAUGGGGAGCUACCCAUGAUGCCUGGAUAUUUUCUUUGACACUGUCAACCGAGCCGUUAGUAAAAGAACUAGUGAGCCAGUUUCGGAUUUAUUCAUUUGAUGAAUUGAAAAGAAAAAGUUUUACACGGAGCAUGGCAUACAGCAUAGAAAAAUUGCCGGCAGGGAACUUCGCUAUAGGCGAAUACGUUACACAGGAAGCCAUAUUGGAUAUGAUGGUGAUGCUGGAAGAUUUUUACUACGAACAGUGCGUCGUGAUGAUGAGGAAGAGUUCUCCGUACACCGAGAAAGUGAGUCAGCUUAUCGGGCGCUUGCAUCAGUCCGGACUUCUACUAGCUUGGGAAACUCAGGUUGCCCUAAAACAUUUAAAUUACAAAGUUCAGGUUGAGGUGAGGUUAUCCAGAAGUAAAAACGACGUUGGGACUACAAAGGCUUUGAAUCUUGGAAAUGUUAUGGGCAUAUUUAUUGUCUACGCGAUUGGACUUAUGGUUUCAAUUGCGACAUUUUUGGGAGAAUUAUAUGCUUAUCAUCGCAAACAGAAGCAAGAGCGAAUACAUGUUGAUUAA